UUUUUGACACGUGAGAGAGACAAAAACGCAAAAAUGGAGAGCUUAUAAUUUCUGCGUUAAAGUCUCAUUAAUUUGGCUUCAAAAGCUGCAAUAUUUACUCCCAUGUGACAAAUAAGACUCCAGUGCUUCGUGUGACAAUCAAAGGCGCACAUGUGCAUGUAAAAACAUACCAUGUAAGCAGAGAAAAUUUCACGAUGUUCUUGAAGCUGAAGUCCAGGUGUUACGUAAAAGAAUUUCUUUAACCUCAAGAUGGACAACGAAGACUGUUGAUGAGACAGCGUGUUCAACAGAUUGUCGUGGUUGCUGCAUUUACAGGGAAACGCACUUAUCCGUCAUCGGGUAAGAAAAACAUGAAGGAAAUGACAGAGGAAGUGCAGGGGACUGUCAUCAAGAUAAAGAAUUUUCACAUCAGAGGCAAGAAAAAAGCAAAAGCAUACGUUUCAAAUGGUGGUAACUAUUCAGGUUUAGUGUGACGGCAUCUGCUGAGAGAGUUAUAAACAGUACGGUCUAUUGUAAUACAUUUUUAGUGUGUUUUAUGAAAAUAAAUUCGUGCCAGUGAAAUGAUGUAAAAAAAAAAAUCUGUUUGGAUCGAUAUGAAGUGCUCCGUUUUGUAGAAAGUCAGGUUUACUGUUUCUGAAAAUGGCAGAGUUUGAUCUUUACAGUUGCUUGCAGUGCGACGCCAUAUUUUCUCGGUCUUGCAAAUUAGAAGCUCACACGAAGAGUCACUUCCAAGAAAGCGAUUCCUUCGAGUCAAGCGAUUAUGAAGGUCCGUCAGCAGAACUAAGCGCAAAGAGGUACAAGAAUCGGAGGUCCAGGGCUGAAAGAGCUACGCCAUAUAACUUCAGGAGCCGUCCCGGUGGCGCCCUUGAGAAUGAAGUCGGUGAACCUCCAGUGGAUCGUCACCAGGCCCUUCCUUCCCCCUUGGUCGUCGACUCCUCUCCACACAGGGCUCGGCGCGCCCCCAUUAAUCGGGAUAGGCCUAUGCAGCCAUCCCUACCCAGGCUACGCUUCAGGAGCUGUAGGAACGAGAAUUUUCUAUUUCGGUGGGAGAGGGAUGCGAAUGCAAACUAUGUGUGCUGUGUCUGCAAGCAGGUUUUUCUUCAUUUGAGUUACCUGAAAAUACAUAUCAGAAUACACACAGGAUUUCGGCCGUAUGUCUGUAACAUUUGCAAGAAAGGUUUUACCCAGGCUUCAGCCUUACAGGGUCACACGAGAAUCCACACGGGCGAAAAGCCUUACCAGUGUAAAAUCUGCAAAAAGCGUUUCAAAGAGUCAUCCAAAGUGACUCGCCAUAUGAGAGUUCACACAGGCGAAAAACCAUACAGGUGCAAGCUUUGUGGGAAAUCUUUCUCUCAGAGCGGUUCGGUUAAAAUCCACUUGAAACAGCAUGAUCGAUCUAUUAGCAAUAGGGAUAGUGGAAGAAAGAAACAGUGUAAAACCCGUUUAGGACAGCGUAGAGGAGAGUUAAGAUUGAGGAAAGACCUGAUAGACACAUCACUCCAUUCUGAUUCGCUGAGGCGGGAAGAAGAGAAACCUUGUAUCUACGAACCUCAAGUUAGUGCCACGGAGUGUAAAGCUGAUCUCGAGAACAAGAUCGAUCAAACACCUGAAAUUAAUUCGGAGAAAGAGAAAGAAGACGAAAAUUUGAACUAUCAAGAUUCUGUGGUAUGGUUAGCAGGGAAUAAACCCGAAACUAAAUCGGACAGUUGCCUAACUCCUUUUCGUCCUGCACCAUGUGAAGCUGACAAGCCCUUGGACAUGAGACAAUCACCUACUGUUUGUGAAGAAUACACGAAUGUUUCCGCCGAGAAAACAAGUCCUGAGUACGAAAUGAACGUCUCCGCUGAAUCAGAACCAAAGGCCAAUGGAGGCCUCUUGUCAGAGUGUGAUUCAGUAACUGACGAAGGCACAAACGGAGAUCAAAAGGCAAAUGCGACAAAUAGAGUCAUGCAGAAGAUUCUGCUAAAACUUACCAGCAAAGAGGCAUCCAGGCGGAGGAAGAAAAGGAAAAGGAAAAGACUGACGGCAAGGCCAAAGAAGACAAAAAGAGACAAAACAGAGAUUUCUGUGUCAAUCAGUCAAACCCCAGACAAACUAGUUAAGGAAGUAAGUGAAAACUCUGUAAGUAAAGAAAAUCCUGACAUUCCAAAAGCACCUAUUCCAAGUACACAACAUAUUGAAAAUGGAACAAGAUUGACAACCUUGCAGGCAGAAGAUGGAGGACGCCAAGAUACACACGAGGAAACUCCGGAAGAGAAAGUACAUGCAGAAAUGCGGAGAAAUGAUCAGAAAUCAGAUGUACAUGGCGAAGCAGGGACUGUACAAGCAAAUGAACAAGCACAAGAAUGCAUUGAUCCUGAGAAGACUGCUGUGCACAUGUACGAAAAAAGUCUACAAGUGACAAGUUUGUUAAAUAUAAAGUUGUAUAAGCCCACGCCAAGCAUGACCUCAAGCACAGCCUUCCCUUCUUUCUCUGACCUAGUUCUUAGUCAGUCUACUCAAACUCCUGAGAACUUUCCUGUGCUCUCCAAUAAAACUGCCCCGGCAGGACAUCACUCUACAAGUAGUCGGAUUACGGAAACUAAGAAAUGGGAAUCAGAUAAUGAUCAAUUUCCUCUAGAUUUAUCCAAACACAAAGCUGCCAGGGCGAGUCGAGAACAUAAGCCAGAACCGAGCAAAGUCAACGUCGAAGCACACAGAAAGGGAAAGACGCCUAAGAAAGCUGACGAGAAAUCACAUAACGCAGACGCUGAGAGAGAAAUGCCAACACGAGGCACGUUGCAGACUCUCUCGCAAAGGCUCUCGGCCAACACCAGGUCAAAGACACAAGGUUAUAGAAGCUUAAACCGUCGCGUUCAGAGGAAACCAAAGAAACUGAACGAUGAAACGCUGAACGAACCUCAUAGAAAGAGUAAACAAAACGACACCAUACACUUGGAGCAUCCUGUUGGAAACGCGGGUGAAUUGUUGCCACGAAAGCCACUUGGAAUGGGACAAAACCCUAACUUUUUCAGAGCAUCCUCGUCCUUGAAAGACCUCGCGAAUAAAAGUAAUUAUGACACUGAACAGACAAAGAACCUCUCUACGAAAUAUGCUCAGCGGAAGAGUUCCAGUCAAACGGAUCAAGGUUUGCCGGAAUCAAGGAAGCCAAAGAAAGGUAAAAGGAAGCACCGCGUAGAAAUCUCGGGGAAACCGAACACACGGACAAACAAGAGUAUGUGUAAGAAGUCACUUGUAGACGUUAUUUUAUGCCAAGUUGAAGAAAAGGAUUUUCAAGAAUACCUCCACGCAUACGAUAUUCAUAACAAGAACGCGGCAAAUAGAGAAAGUCAAAGAACAACAGAACAUGAAAAAGGUAAAGAGAAGAGCGACGGAUGUGAACAUGAGGGAUCGAAGGUAUAUCCGGAGCAACACCUAAGCAGAGAAGCUGCACGGGCCAAUGAGGAAGACGUACCGCAAGAUCUCUCCUGGAGGAUGCCAGCGCAAGAGCGGUUUUCGGAAGAAACCCUGUUCUACGCAAGCAAUGAUGACAUUAGCUGCGUCGAAGUGGUAGUGCGCACUAGUUCAGACAAUAAAGUUGAAGCUGUUUUUAAAGAGGAGGAGAUCAGCUGUGACUCGGGUCUUGAACCUCAUGAAAUACUGACGGCGGAGUUACCCUACAAUAGCUAUAACGAUCUCUGUGAGACCGAGAUCCCGGCGAUGGAAAGCACUGCAAGUACAUCAUAUAUGUAUGACGAAAGAGCGUAUUCGACGAUCUACCUCACUCAGGAAGAGCCGAGUCAACGAGAGGACGACAUUACGCUAUGCAUUGUCCAGGAAAGCAGCGCCCAUUCGAGUUACAACGAGCAUUUGAUUGCCACCAGUCACAUCAUUGGUAGCGGUGUUCCUUACCCUCAACUGUGCGCCCACUCAGGUUUUAGUGAACAAUUGAUCGCAGCAAAUCACAGCAUAAGUAAUGGUGUUCCUUAUUCCCACCCGGGCGCCUAUUCAAACUAUUGUGAGCAUAUGAUUUCAGCAAGUCACAGUAUUAGUGGUGGUGUGCCUUACCCUUGCCCCGGUGUUCCUUGCCCUUACCUGGAUGCACACACAAGUUUUAGUGAACACUUGAUAUCAGCAAGUCACAAUCUGUAUAGCGGUGUUCCUUACCCUCAGCUUGAGGAUCAAGUGUAUCAAGAGAGAAUCUACACACCUCCCUCUUAUAAUUUCGUUUGCAAUUAUUACGCCAUUUGCCAGCCUUACGAUCAUUAUUGAUUUUCUUUCAUCAGUUUGAGUGUGAUCACCUUUCCUCCAUUGUUAACAAAUGUGUUCUAUACUUACCUUGAGAGUUAUGGGUUAGCAUGAAUGAGGAAAUUAUGUUAUACACUAAAUACCUUGAAACAUUGCAGAAGGAUACAGUUCACAAACAUAGACACAUACACACACACACACACACACACACACACACACACACACACACACACAUAGGAAAGGGACACAUUAAAAAGAAGAUAGAUUCACUUAAAUUUAUUGGUAGUAAAGAGGAUAUUAACAUAUACAUAGCAGCCAGUAGCCAAUGGAUUCUACUGCAAUUCAUUACGGAAGUCUAAAAGACGUCUUUAUGAACUUUAUUUAGGAAGAAAGAAAAGAAACUCGUUUAUUUUGUGUUUCAUUUAUUACUUUUGUGAACAGUGCAGUUUAGUUCAUGCUCGUUAGUUCUGUGCAUUUGUAUCUAUAUUCAGUAUAGUGUGUGUGUCCACUUACGAUACAAUUACGUAUCGGGAAAUUUGUGCAUGUCAUCUAAAUAUUAUUUUCCUUUAAAUAUAUGCAUCUUGUUCAACACGGGUGUAUCGUUCUAUUACGUAGUAUCUCACUGUCGAAUUGUUAUUGUUUUUGUUAUUUAAACCAGUAUAUGCAUCAGAGUAGGGAAGAAAAAUACUCUCUGACUGAUUUUUGUUAAUCUUUCCUCGUUUUGUUUUUAUAUACUAUUUAUUUAAGGAAUAAUGUGAUGGAAAGAAAAAGGAAACUAAUAUUUUAGUGUAAUUGGUGCCUUAUUUUAGCCGUGUAAAUCUCUGUAAUUUAUGUUGUAAGUGCAUCAUAAAAUCACCAAAGAGGAACAGUUGCAAACAUUACUACGUUUUGAGGAAUAAAUUAUUUUUAUUAU